CAUUAACACUUCUUUUUAAUUGAGGAAACCACCCUCGUCUUGGCUCCCAAUUAUUAUUAAUAAUAGUAGUAUUCAUUAAUGAAAUGUUCAGUAUUGCACUUUGCAAAUAAUAGUGGUCCUACCAACUGUGGUCAAAAGCGGGGGAAAUUGUCAAGUCUUUUGCUCUGUAAACCUGGUUCUUUAAUUCUAAUGUGGUUGGAGAGGAUGGAUAACGUGUUGUGCACUAAUGAGAUAAAUGAGCUCUGCACAUGUCCAGAGGAACAUUCAUAAGUUAUAGGGCUGAGGGUAUUCGAAUACAUGGUUGAGACCUAAUGAGUCCUAGCACAUAUGAGAUACCGCAUAGUACUCUAUUGUUCUCUGUUAUUGGGCUGUCUGUAUGAAAGAGAGGGAGAGGGAGGGGUUUGAAUUUCUGAAGUGGCACAGGCAUGAUAAGGACUGAAUUUUGAAUCCAAAGUACAUACCACUUGCUUUUGCAUCACUGUAAGCAAGACAUAACAUAUGUGUUUGGAAAUUAAAUAUGACAUUUCUUGAGUGGAGAUACUCAGCACCUCACAUGUAGGAUAUAUCUGUGUUUGCAGAGUAGGGCCAGGCUUCAGUAUCACCCUUCUCGUCUGAUCUUAUUCUGCAACAACCAUUCCAGUGCACAAGACACUACUCAUAUAGGGACUACAUGAAGUCGGGAUACCCAGUUGCACAGGGGCCCCAAACAUGGAAAGCCCUGCAAGUGAAUAGUGGUCAUGCAUUUGAAUUUUUCAGCAGGCAGUGCACACAAGAUAGAUUUGUUGCAGGAAAAACACCUGGGGGCUUGGCUAAAAUUGCUGCCACACACCAUCAUCAAAACAGGUAUGGUCUACAUGCAGGAAACGUGUGAACAGGGCUACUGUGGACAUUGUCAUGUUUGUAGUAUGGCAUGGGAUCCUUAGCUAAUGAGUGCUAAUCGGUGACCUGAUUGUGUCCUUCCUGCAAAAUGAACUCUUUUCCAGAGGGCACAGCCAGAAUCUCUUCACAAAGGUCUCCAUUCACAUAAAUUCUUCUGUGGCUCAUAGUAAAAUCUCCUGGCCACCCCUACGCUACAGUAUUUUGCUCACCACAAAAUUGACCUAAGGGGAGCAGGUGCGUACGAUAACUUAAUGACUAAUGGCUAAUGAGAAAGUGGAGCUGCCUGGGGAUAAAAUUAUUGGCUUCAGAAGUGGGGAAACAAAAUGAAAUAUUUGAACCUGAGGACCAGAGAACCCAUAGAGGGCAGCAGGACAUGUGGCUGGAUUUUACAUAUUAACUAGAAAUGAUUAGCUAAGUGUCUGGCCCUAAGCCACUGUAGCAGUUCAGUAGCUUGUUAUUUCUCCUUCCUUCUAGUCUAUUCUUUCUUAUUUGUUUUCUUCUCAUGAUAGCUAGUGGAACAUUAUUCCUACAAAGCAGAUGGACUCCUAAGAAUCAUCACAGAUCCAGUUCCAAAUCCUAACUUGAAAAAUGCCACCUUUACCUGUCCGGAAUGAUGAUUCUGGAUUACCUUUUAGAACAUCAACAUCAUCAUUACCAUCUGCCGCUUUCUCAGAUAACCCUUAUGGGCCACCACGUGUAAAGCAAGGGGAUCAGAGGUUGCCCAUGGACACAGAGGUCUACGAGAGUCCAUAUGCAGACCCAGAAGAGAUAAAAACUAAAAAUGUCACCCUGGACCGAAGUCUGCUGGUCCUGGAAGACCACGAACUUGGUUCUGGUAAUUUUGGCACUGUGAAAAAAGGCACCUAUGAAAUGAAAAAGGGAAAGAAGACAGUGGCUGUGAAAAUUCUCAAGAACGAAAGCAACGACCCCUCCUUAAAAGAUGAACUGCUGAGAGAAGCAAAUGUUAUGCAACAGCUGGAUAACCCAUAUAUUGUCCGAAUGAUAGGCAUAUGUGAGGCCGAGUCCUGGAUGUUGGUAAUGGAAAUGGCUGAACUUGGCCCCUUAAAUAAAUAUCUGAUAAAACACAGAGAUGUCGCAGAAAAGAAUAUCAUUGAGCUGGUUCAUCAAGUUUCCAUGGGGAUGAAAUAUUUGGAAGAAAACAACUUUGUGCACAGAGAUUUAGCUGCGAGAAACGUACUGCUGGUUACACAACAUUAUGCCAAAAUCAGUGACUUUGGACUUUCCAAAGCCCUUGGUUCUAAUGAUUAUUACAAGGCAGAACAUUAUGGGAAAUGGCCAGUCAAGUGGUAUGCUCCAGAAUGCAUGAACUUCUUCAAAUUUUCGAGCAAGAGUGAUGUUUGGAGUUUUGGUGUUUUAAUGUGGGAAGCUUUUUCCUAUGGGCAAAAGCCAUACAAGGGUAUGAAAGGUGGGGAGGUUGCUCAGAUGAUUGAAAGAGGAGAGCGAAUGGAAUGUCCAGAAAACUGCCCACCUGAGGUCUAUGAGUUAAUGAAAUUAUGCUGGACAUAUGACGUCGAUGAUCGGCCAGGAUUUUCUGCGGUGGAGUUCAGGCUGCGUAAUUUCUACUAUGACAUGGCACAAUAAGAGCACUGUGUACUGAAUGGCUGUAAAUGGAGACACCAUGCAGGAGGCAAAUAUGAAGAAUGAAGAUGCUCUCCGGUGAAAAGAGUUCUGCUGUACAAAUGCCUUUGCAGCUUUUCAGAGUGUUUCUGCAGGAAUCGUUUUCCCAGUGGGGUUGCACUUGUUCUUUGGAUAUUAAUUGUGCUUUUAACCUAUUGAUGCUGUUGGACUGGUAAAAAUGCUGGAGAAUCAAGCAGACUGUCCCCACGCAAUUUUCCUGCUCUCAGUAGAAUACCCAUAAUGCUAUUAAGAGAUAUUCAGUGCCUUAUUU